AUGGAGGUCUCGGACUACAUUAACAAGGCCAUGGUCUUUGCCGAAAAUGCCGCCAAGCUGUCGCAGAAAAUGUCGCAAGGCUUGGUCGACAAUGCUCGUGAAUUCGGCUUUCCCACAGGUGGUGAAUCGGGCGCCCAGUACUUUGACACCUCUGAAGAAAAGAUGCGCAACAUUAAACGCCAAUUGGAUGCCAAGAAUGACAGAGAAAAGUUGGACGGUCUCAAACGUCUCAUUGCGAUGAUUUCCAAGGGACGAGACGUUUCAGAAUACUUUCCAGACGUGGUCAAGAAUGUCGUGUCGCAAAACAUUGAAGUUCGCAAGCUCGUCUACAUUUAUUUAUUGCGCUAUGCCGAGCAAGAACCUGAUCUCGCCUUGUUGUCGAUUAAUUCCUUCCAAAAGGAUCUCAGCGACAAGAAUCAGAUCAUUCGCGCCAUGGCUCUUCGUGUUAUGAGUGGUAUCCGCGUCCCCGUCAUCAGCCCAAUCGUAUUGCUCGGCAUCAAGAAAUGUGUCACUGAUUCAAGUGCGUAUGUUCGCAAGACCGCUGCCCAUGCAAUCCCCAAAUGUUACAGCUUGGAUGAUAGCCAAAAAGAAGCACUCGUGGAAAUCAUUGCAACCUUGCUCAAGGAUCGUUCGACCAUCACCAUCGGCAGCACCAUCAUGGCAUUCAACGAAGUAUGUCCCAAUCGAUUCGACUUGAUCCAUCCAUGCUUCCGAAAGUUGUGCGGAUUACUCGCUGAUUGUGAUGAAUGGGGACAAAUGUCGAUUUUGGGCGUGUUGCUACGCUACGGUCGUACUCAAUUCUUGAAUCCAAAUCCACAUGGCGAGGAUAAGAGCAAAGAACCACCAAAGUCGAUUGCCAAGCCCGUUGUCGACGACAAGAACUUUUAUAGCGAUUCCGGCAGCGAUGAGGAUGAAAAGAGUGUGGAUGAUAUUGUGGAAUUGGACCUUGAUCAUGAGCUUUUACUCAAAAGUUGUAUACCCUUGUUACAAAGCCGGAACAGUGGUGUGGUUCUGGCAGUUGCACGGCUCUUUUAUCACUUGGCGCCAGCAGCUGAAGCUCAAAAGAUUGGCAAGCCUCUCGUACGACUUUUACGAAAUCAUCGAGAAUUGCAAUACGUUGUGCUUAAGAACAUUUCAGUCAUGGCAGCUACUCGGCCGUAUUUGUUUGAGCCCUAUUGCCAGCAAUUCUUUGUGCGUUCAUCUGAGCCAGUCUUUAUUCGUGAUAUCAAGCUCGAGAUUUUGACCAGCAUUACUACUGAAUCCAACAUUUACACUAUACUCAAUGAAUUCAAGCAAUAUGUCAAGAGCCCCAACAAGGACUUUGCAGCAGCAACCAUUCAAGCCAUUGGACGUUGUGCUACCAAUGUAUCAGCAGCUUCGGAUCGAUGCUUACGUCUGUUGAUGAAAUUAACACGUAGCAAGAAUGAGCUCGUGGUUGCAGAAUCAGUUAUUGUGGUCACCAGGCUUUUGCAAACUUGCAGUGAGGAACGUCGACGAUCUGUGAUUAUGCUUGCCAAGCUUUUGGAUACGAUCAAGGUCCCCAAGGCGCGUGCCAACAUUAUGUGGUUGAUCGGACAACAUGCAGAAACCAUGCCCAAAGUGGGACCUGAUGUCCUUCGUCAAGCUGCAAAAACCUUUGUUGAUGAGGCGAAUGGCACCAAGUUGCAGAUCCUUACAUUGUCUGCCAAACUAGCAUGUCUUAAUCCCGACCACCCCACCAUCAAUGCGCUCAAUCAAUACGUUCUCAAUCUCGCCCGAUAUGACACCAAUUACGAUUUGAGAGAUCGUGCACGGUUUUUACGAGUACUUAGCACACCACAGCCCGAAGAGAAUGAUACACCUGGUGUACAAGCACUCAAGGCUCAUGUCAAGGAUAUUUUGUUUGCUGACAAACAAGCACCUUCUAUGGAAAAUGGAGAAGGUACCACAGAGUAUACAGUGGGUACUUUGUCAUUAUUGGCCCAUCAACCUUUGCCUGGAUACGAAGCAUUACCUGAUUACCCCGAGGAACAACCAGAUCCUUCUGUGCGUGAUGUGGAGGAAUUGGAAGGAUGGGCAGGGAGUCGUACUGUGGCCGUGGAACAAGGCUUUGGCAGUGACAGCUUUGAGAGCAGGUAUCGCAACACGGCUAUGGCAUCCACCGCCUUUUCGGGUAUUGAAGCAACAGGAUAUCAUGGUGGUCAAUAUCCCUCUUCUGCUGCUGCUGCUGCUGCCAAGACCAAGAGUGGUGACUAUGAUUUGGAUGCAUUUUACAAUGAUGAUUCCUCGGACGAAUAUGAAAUCGAUGACACUUCCUCUGAAGAAGAAGAUAGCGAUGAAGAUGAAGAGACCGAUUCGGAAGAUGAAGAAGAAGAAGGGUCAACAGACGAGUCAACAGAUGAGGAGGAUGACGAUGCAUCAAGUGAAGAAGAUACAUCCAGUGAAGAGGACGAGGACGAGGAUCAUCAUGCUUCUAGCAAGAGAAUACCACUACACAAAAAGUGA